GGCAAGAGGCAGCGCUUCGUGGACAAGAACGGUCGGUGCAACGUUCAGCACGGGAACCUGGGCGGGGAGACCAGCCGGUACCUCUCGGACCUCUUCACCACCCUGGUGGAUCUCAAGUGGCGCUGGAACCUCUUCAUCUUCAUCCUGACCUACACGGUGGCCUGGCUCUUCAUGGCCUCCAUGUGGUGGGUCAUCGCCUACAUGCGUGGGGACCUGAACAAGGCCCACGAUGACACCUACACCCCCUGCGUGGCCAACGUGUACAACUUCCCCUCCGCCUUCCUCUUCUUCAUCGAGACCGAGGCCACCAUCGGCUACGGGUACCGCUACAUCACCGACAAGUGCCCCGAGGGCAUCAUCCUCUUCCUCUUCCAGUCCAUCCUGGGCUCCAUCGUGGACGCUUUCCUCAUCGGCUGCAUGUUCAUCAAGAUGUCCCAGCCCAAGAAACGGGCCGAGACGCUCAUGUUCAGCGAGCACGCUGCCAUCUCCAUGCGGGACGGCAAGCUCACCCUCAUGUUCCGCGUGGGCAACCUCCGCAACAGCCACAUGGUCUCCGCGCAGAUCCGCUGCAAGCUGCUCAAAUCCCGGCAGACCCCAGAGGGCGAGUUCCUGCCGCUCGACCAGCUGGAGCUGGACGUGGGGUUCAGCACAGGGGCUGACCAGCUCUUCCUCGUGUCCCCCCUCACCAUCUGCCACGUGAUAGAUGCCAAGAGCCCCUUCUACGACCUCUCCCAGCGCAGCAUGCAGACCGAGCAGUUCGAGAUCGUCGUCAUCCUGGAGGGCAUCGUGGAGACAACGGGGAUGACAUGCCAAGCCAGGACAUCCUAUACUGAGGACGAGGUGCUCUGGGGUCAUCGUUUCUUCCCGGUUAUCUCCUUGGAAGAAGGCUUCUUCAAAGUCGAUUACUCCCAGUUCCACGCCACGUUUGAGGUCCCCACCCCGCCCUACAGCGUGAAGGAGCAGGAGGAGAUGCUGCUCAUGUCCUCGCCCUUGAUAGCACCCGCUGUGAGCAACAGCAAAGAAAGGAACAACUCGGUGGAUGGCCUGGACGGGCUCGACGAGGUGGGCACAAAGCUGCCCUCAAAACUGCAGAAAAUAACAGGGAGGGAAGACUUCCCCAAAAAACUCCUCAGGAUGAGUUCCACCACCUCCGAGAAGGCCUACAGCAUGGGGGAUCUGCCCAUGAAACUCCAGCGGAUCAGCUCGGUCCCCGGGAACUCGGAGGAGAAACUGGUGUCUAAGACCACCAAGAUGAUGUCGGAUCCCAUCAGCCAGUCGGUGGCCGACCUGCCCCCCAAGCUGCAGAAGCUGUCGGGCGGCGGCCGCAUGGAAGGGCACCUGCCCCCCAAGCUGAGGAAAAUGAACUCGGACCGCUUCACAUAG